AUGCCAAGAACCUACAAGAGAAAAACAAACUGGGGCUCAACACCCCUUGAAGCGCCGGAAAGAGCAGCCAGUGAUGUCAAGGCUGGAAAGUCCAUCAGAUCAGUGAAAAAAGAGAGAAAUAAUGACAGGUCAAUAUUGAGGAGAUUCAUAAAGAAGAGGGAGGUGAAGCAAGUAAAAGCAGCAGGGUACAGUGGAACAGCAGAAGCAAGGAGAGUAUUUUCAGAGGAGAUGGAGAAGGAGCUAGAAGACCAUAUCAAGCAGCUCGCAGACCAGUUCCAUGGCCUUACACCAAAGAAAUGCCGGGAACUUUCUCCUCCACCGGUCAUCCUGGCGUUGUCUGUCCUGCUCCCACUUUACUUCCUGGUCAGCAAACUGCUGCAUCAGGCCUUUCAAUAA